UACUGACUGAACAAUAUUGGAAAACAAAACCGGAAAUUAAGAUCUGAAUAUACAAGAAUGGAAACUAGCAACUGUUGUGAUGUUUUGCUGUGUUAUUUAUGUGCCCAUAUCCUCCUGUUGUUAUGCUUCAGUCGUGUAUUUGUCAAUGGAGACCAAGCGAUUUACGUCACAAAUGACACGUGCGGAAAGGAAAUUUCAUUUGCAUCGACGGAUGUUAUACAUUUUCAUUAUGACGGUAGCAAAUGGUACGACGAAGGUGGACAUCAUUUCCGAAGAUGUGAGAUCAAGAUUUCCAACAAACAUAAAGAUACAGAGUUAUGUAUUGCAUCACCGUAUUCAAGAUACACUAUGGAAUGGGUUGGCAAGUGCACAGCAAGGUUCCAGUUCAGAUUCUACUAUUACGCAUUGCCGUGCUUUGGAUAUACGAACAAAGGAAACUGCCAAAACUCCGAGGAAGCGUUGGCUGUCUUCUUUUACCCUGUCGUGUUCAAAGAGGGUGAUUUCGAAAUAAAGAUUUACACCCGGUAUAGAGCUCCUACCACAACUUGGCACUACGAUUCUGGGGGUGAUAGUGGUAACAACAACAACUAUAAUGAUGAAGAUAAUGAUGACGAUGGUGCGGAAACUAGUUUUUCGAGUUGGGGCGUGGCAUUUGUGAUAGUUGCUGUUUUCGUCUCUUUCUGCGCAUGCUUAUACAGAGUUAUUAGAAGUCGAAAUUCGACAGGCCAGAAUGUUGGAACGGACGGGCUUUCCCUCGAGCCUUUUCAAGUAGAUAUGCCGGUUAUUCUAAGAUCAAAUUCCUCACCCCCGUCAGGCCAGACUGUUGGUACGGCCGGGCUAUUAUCCCACGAGCCUUUUCAAGUAGAUAUGCCGGUUAUUCCAAGAUCAAAUUCCCCUCCCCCGUAUGACUCCCUCAUAGUAAAUGGGAUGGACACAUAUGGGGCACAACAAAGGGACCCAUCCAUUCCUCCUUAUUUAUCCGCUACGGAUUCGAAUACAAAUCAUCCUUCAGCACCACCACUUAUAAGCGAACAACCUCAAAUUAGAGCAUGGCAUUGUUCUCCUCAGUUGCCAACAGCUUCACCACAUAGUGGAGAGCCACCUCAAAAUGGAGCAUACAAUGUACAGUAUAGCGUUGAAGAGAGUGAAGACAGACACACACAUAGAACACCAGGUUUCUCAACUAGUAAUAACAAUGAAACAAGUCAAACUCCACCUCACGCUGAAACAGAUUUGUCAGAGUUGCCUCCACCUCCAUCCUAUGAAAUGGUCGUAUCUGCGGAUAGCCCUUAUUUGACGAGUGACAGUGAUUAUCACACAGACACUUGCAUUAAUGAUGUAUCUAGUCACUAUUCAUGAUAUGUGUGUCGUCAAUUUAAGUACUUCAUAAACUAUCACUGAUUACUAAAUUACAUGAUGAGUGCAAUGUUUGAACUGUAUGUAAUGUUUAUAGAAUAAUAAAAACAUGAUAAAAGUACAUUUAUAACAUAACUUACGGCGCAGGAGUGAUAUAACCCCAUGCAAUAUGUUUCAUAUAUAACUAGUUUUAUAACUGCAAAUUAGGUAUCCGCAUCACAGAAAAAUGUAUUCAUAUGCGUUGUCAAAAAACGUAAACAAACAUCAGAAACAAUGUU